AUGCACAAGUCAGCCGGCAUCACCGUCUUCGCGACAGUCGCCAGUCUCGUCUCCUCUGCGCCUCUGGAAGCACGCACGCCUCCGGGACCCUUUCCCGUGAACUUUAACCUACAAGUCUCGGCCACUCAGCAUCCCAGUCAAUUCGCUGGGCAAUAUAUCUACUCAUACCACACGGGUGCCGGCGCAGGUAUUGCGGCAGCAUCCUCUUUCCAAAGCGAUGCCAUGCUCGCCAAUUUACAAUCUGUGAACCAGGUUUGGGAAGUCGCAUUCAGCCCUUCAGGUACUACCGACAGCUGGUUUCUUAACCUCGAUUACAGCAGCACAAUCACUGGCACUGCAAUUGCUACCAUUGGGGCCAGCAACCCUCCCGACGUCUCAGGUUUCUACAUGACGGAUUCGGGUCUGAGAUGGGGUGAUGCCUCAUUCGUCAACUGGGCCGUCUGCGAUGGUUCCUAUGGCGUUCCUCAGCUGUUCGCGAUCGUUGAUGCUAGUGCCAUUCUGCCUACGACUUGCGAGACCAUCAACCUGGUCACCGUGUCUGCUUCGUCCUGA